GCAAACUCCUUUACAAACAAAAAUCUGCCCCGCUGUCGUCUCCACAGCCAACACCGCCACCUUCUUCAUUCUUUCCUUUUUCCCCUUCAGAAAAUUAUUUUCAUCAGUCUCUUUGUAUGAUCAACACCGAUUUUCAACAAUUAGGUUCGCCGUCCUCCGCUAAUAAUGGCGGGAACGGCUCUUCAGCAGCUGCGCUUUUGGCUGCGGCAUUAAAUGUUGCUACUAAUUCAACUUCUGCUUCAAAUUCCCCUCCAGAACUUUUAUCUAUGGCAACAACAAAUAGUUCUUCUACUGCAGCACAGUUAUGUAAUCCCUUCUCUCCAGCUGCUGCUGUUCAAGCUCAACUUGCUGCUUUAUAUUCUUCUUCCAUUCCUUCACCUGGCGGCUCAGCAUUUGCUCGUUGUCUACAACAACAAGUUGCUGCUGUAGCUGCUGCUCAACAACCACAACCAUCAAAUUCUGCUAUUUCUGCCGCUGCUGCUGUUGCGGCUUUUGCUGUUGCUAAUUCCCCUGCCAAUUCUUCCUCUUCUUCUGCCGUGCCUUUUGGACCAGGCUCUCCUGCAGCGGUGGCGCUUGCCCACUUGGAUCAUUUGUCUUUGUUGAGAAAUAGCUCUUUAGGGCUUACUUGUCCAAACGGAUCAACUGAUAUACCUCAGAUCCAUCAAAUGCAGCCACAACAACCUGCACCAACAAACUUUUCUGAGCUAGCCAAACGUUUCCAAGAUCAGGCUGCGGCAUAUAGCAAUGCUGCUCAGAUGGCCCAAAUAAUGGAUACUUUUGCUGCCAGUCAACAACCAUUAAUUCCUCCACUUCCUUUUCCUCCUUCUCAGCAGCAACAAUUGACGGCCGCUGCUAUGGCCUUAGCAAAACAUCAACAGCAGCAACAACAACAAGCAGUUCAUUUAAAUUCGCCUGCGUCUAUUCUUUUUCAAGAGAAACAGGCCCAACAGCAAAUUCAGGAAGGACAAGCCCCACUCCCUCCUCUCUCCACAGCUGUUGAACAGACAUUAACAAAUCCUUCUACAGAUGCCUCCACUUCCUUUGUUGGUGCCCCUACCCUCGAACAAUUGUCGGCUAUUGCUGCAGCUGCUACAAAUGUAUUACAAGCAACUAAUAAUGGAGAAUGCUCUACAAAUACCUCAGUAUUUAAUCCUAUUGGAAUGGAUACUUCUAAUUGUGUUGCUUCUUCCUCAUCUUCAGUUGGCAGUCAAAAUCAACAGCAAGAUGAGGCACAAAUAAAUUCAAUUGAUACUGUAUUUUCAGCAACAAAAAAUGAACAACAAUCACAAAAUGUCCGCCGAAUUCGACGACGACGACCAAAAGAAGAACUUGCUGGAAAAACACUCCAUAGAAGGAAUACAACAAUGUAUGGGGAAAAUAGUAGUUGUGUAUCUGUUAUCGAGAAAAUGGUGGAUUCUCCUUGCAGUUUGGGUCCUUUUUCAGUUCAACAACCUUUAACUCCUGCAAAUGAGCAGCUUUGUAACAGUGUUUUGCUUAAAACGGAGGGAAACACUGAAGAAGAAUCAUCAUCUAAUAACAAUAAUCACUCCCAACAACUAAAUUCUUCUACUGCAUCUGCAAAUAUUGCAAUGAUGAUUGCCUCAAUGGGUGGGAAUGGGGGAAAUAUUGGAGGGCCAAAAACUCCAAUAUGCCAAGGCCAAUCUCCACCUUCUCUACUUGAAAGACAGCAACAACAACAACAAUUACAACAGCAACAAUAUCAAAUAAUGGAAACACAAAAUCAACCUAUGGAGGAUGAUGGAAAUUGUCAGGGGGAUGGAGCUGCUGGAAGAAUGAAAACUUGUAGAGUUUGUGGGGAUUCUGCUACUGGAUAUAAUUUUAAUGUUAUUAGUUGUGAAUCUUGUAAAGCAUUCUUCCGACGAAAUGCUUUACGUCCAAAAGAGUUUAAAUGCCCAUAUUCUAAUGAUUGUGAAAUUAAUGCUGUUAGUAGAAGAUUUUGUCAAAAAUGUCGUCUUCGUAAAUGUUUUAUGGUUGGAAUGAAAAAAGAAUGGAUUUUAAGUGAGGAUCAGUUAAGAAGACGGAAAAAUGCUCGUGUUAAAAAUCAAAUGGGUAAAGACGGAAAUCAACAACCAAAUACCCCUUCAAGUGUUGGGGAAGGUUCUAUGCCUGGUUCUGUUGCUCCAGUCACUCCAUACGUUGGGAAUGGAAAUGGAGGGCUUAAUCCCUUCUCUCCACAACAACAAUUUUUCCAUCAUACUCAACAGCAACAACAAACACCCCCACCUCCACAAUCUUCUAUUAAUGCUGUUGCUGCAAUGGCAGCAGCUAGUAUACUUCACAAUCAAACUCAAGGCCAAUCACAUUCUCCCCUGAAUUCUCCCUUGCUUGCAGCUGCUGCAGCUAUUACAAAACUGGCUGGAUCACCAAAAAAUUCUCCUACGGGUGCUUCUUCUGUUCUGUCAAGUGGAUUGGAUUCAAGUCCUUUGGCAACAUUUGGUUUGGGCAACAGUCCCGAUUAUGGUGGAAAACAAAAUUUGUUUGCUUGUGGAGGAGUAUCUUUGGAUAAUAAAGCUUCUCCGAGUACUGGAACUCACUCACCUCCUUCCAUUUUGCCUCAACUUCAAAAUCCUCAUCCUAUAGAUGUCGAACAAAGAUAUGAUCCACAAGUUUUGCGUUUAGCCCAACAACAAUUAUUGAAAAAAGCGCAGCUUCAACAAGCUGCUGCCGUUUUGAGAAAAUCUAGUGACGGUUUAAUUUCUCUGGCAUCUGCUGCUGCAGCUCAACAACAACAACAACAAAAUCAACAAUCUCCUGUUGCUGCAGUCUCUCCAUUUGUUGAACAAUGUCAAAGAUUAAUGUUAUUAGGUCAACAAUCACAAGGAAUUGUUAGUCCACAAAUAGUUAAAAAUGGAGAUAUUGGAAAUGGACAUUCUGCUUCAAUAUUGGCUAGACUUUAUGGAAACAAUAACGUUACAAAUACAAAUAUAUCUUCCAAUUUAUCUGGAUUUAAUUCCAAUACAAAUUCCUCAGCAAUUCCAAAAAAUUUGGUGGAAGCUGCAGCAGCCGCUGUAGCUGCCGCUAAAAAUGCUUCUAAUAAUGUUAACAAUAAUCAAGUGUCAAAUAAUGGAUCAUCUUUAACUCCUUCAAAUAAUGGGACAAACAACAAUGAAGUUAAAACUUUAAUGGAAAUGGAUGCAAACACACGUGAACGUUUAAUGAGUAUGAGGAUUAAUAAAACAAUUAGAGACGAAUUGGGUAUUUCGAAUUCGCCUCCAGAUGGAAAUAAUUUACAACAAUCAUUAUCUCCAAAUCCAAUUAAAAUUGAAGAAAGAAGUUCUCCCCUUAGCCGUUCUAAUUCUAUUAGUGGAAAUUCUUCUUUAGUUUAUACUGAUUUGAGGAAUUACCAAUUAAACUCUAAAGAACAAAAUGACUUAAAUUAUGUUAAAUCAGCAUUUUCGAGUAUGGAUGAAGAAUUGAAAAAUGAAUUUUUGAAGAAUUCCAAACUUUUGGGUAUAAUGACUAAAGAACAACCACAAAGUCCUGAUGAUAUGAUGUGUUUGUUGGAUAUGAUGAUGAGACGUUUAGUUAAAAUGGCAAAGAAAUUGCCGUCUUUUGCGGAAUUUAGUAAUAGUGGUAAAUUUUCUCUCCUGAAAGCAGCAAUGAUUGAUUUGUUGACACUUAGAGGAGCUUCUCGUUUGGAUUCAGAAAAUCGUUGUUGGAAAAGUCCUCUUUUAAAUAGAGAUAUUCGUUGCAGAAUUGACAUUUUUGAUAGAUUAAAUGAUGAUAUGCAAAAAAGUCGUGUUAUGGAUUUUUACAAAAAACUUCAUCCAAAAUUAAAAUCAGAUCAAGUUGCUAAUAAUUUGAUUAUUGUUGUUGUAUUGUUCAGUCAUUAUGCGGAUACUGAUUUAAGUGCUGAAGACCGGACUUUAGCAGAUAAACAUUACCACAAUCAUAAACAAUUGUUGAGAAGAUAUGUUGAAUCUGCUUAUGGCCCAGAUGAGGCAAAAAUUAUAUAUGAAACGCUUGAUGAAGCGUUUAGUCUGUUGAAGGAUGUAACCAAAAAAGUUCCAGAUUUAUUCCCUCCAGACAAAAUUAACAAAAAGCAGGCAGAAGGCUCUCUAUUCCAAGAAUUCUUCCGAAUAAAAACAAAAGAAGAUUCAAAAAUUAAAUUAGAGCCAACAGAAACAACAUCUAAAGAACAAAAAGAAGAAAAAGAGAAGGAGGAGGAAGAAGAAGAUGAAGGGGAAUGUAAACCUAAAAAAAUAAAAAUUGAGGAAAAUUUGAAAAAAGAAGAAGAAAAAAAGGAGGAAGAAGAAGAAGAAAAUAAAAAUUCUUCUUCACCUAAAAUUCUUCAUUCAAAUGUUAUUAUUUCCCCAACAUCCACAACAACAACAACAAUUUCUAAAACAACUCCCUCCUCUGCUACAACAAUUAGCAGUGCUUGA